AUGGCGGAGCAGAACUUCUCUGCCGCGCUGGCAACAUGGAAAGCAGAGAUCGGUCUGAGCGAACUGCAGCGGAAUCUCGAUACGACCGCGUCCGAGCUAGUCGAGAACCAAAAGGAAAAUCUCGUCGGGCGUAAGAAGCUCGCGGACCAGACCAGGGAGUUCAAAAAGCUCCCAGAUGAGCCCGAAAAGUUCAACAGCAUCAAGACUCUGCUCAAAGCGUAUCAAUCCGAGAUUGACGCCCUGACCCGCCGGUCCAAGCUGUCCGAGACGUCCUUCCUGAACCUGUACAAACUACUUGCGGACGCGCCAGAUCCGUACCCACUGCUAGAUGCGGCAGUGGACCAGACGGUCAAGGUGGCGGAGGCGCGGAUGAUGGCUACUGAGCUGGGGAGGCUGCGGGAGGAGAAUGCGGAUCUGAAGAAGCGGGCGGAGGAGGGACGGGGUGUGGAGGAUAGGUUGAAGAAGGCGGAGAAGAGGGCGGAUGGGCUGGAGAAGGAGAUGGAGGAUAUGAUAUCGGAGAGGGUGCUGGCGAAGCAGAACGAGCUCAAUGCGGAGUAUGACGAGCGGCUGAGGAACUACGAUGAGCGGGAGAAAGACCUUCAGCGUCAAGUCCAGAUGCACAAGACCCAAUUGCGCGACAUGCACACCUCGGCAGAGACGACCGAAGCCCGUCUGCUCGACGCCAGUCACAGGCAGGAACAGGAUGUCCACUCGCGCCUCGCGGAGCUAGAUAUGGUCGCUGCGGAUCUGACGCGCGCGAACGAGAGAGUAGCCGUCGUGGAGCGGAGAAAUGAACUGCUUCGUGCCGAGAUCGAGAGUGUCAGGUCAGGAUCUCAACAGGCUGAGCGCGUCAAGACUCUCGAAAGCCAAAUUACAGACCUUGAGUCCGAGGCCUCCCGUCUUCUGCGGGCCCUGGACUCUGCUAAAGAGGCCAAGUCGGACGUGGAGCGGACCGAGAAGAAGCGGGCGGACGAAGCUGCCAAAGAAUUGGCGGUGCAGGCUGCUGAGAUUGAGCAUCUCAGGACGAGGGUCAAGGAGUUUGCGGAUUAUGAUGAGAUCAAGCGCGAGUUGGAGAUCAUGAAGUACGUCGAAUUCUCAGGUGCAGACCUAGACGAAGAGCCCUCCCUCCCUUCACCGCUGCACACCUCUUCCGGUUCCGGCAAACAAGGUCAAUCCCUCGAGAAUCUCCUCGUCUCGAAGAACCGCCGACUUCUGGACGACCUGACCAAACUUCGAGUGGCAUUCGAGGAGGUCUCGACGGCGCAUUCGAGGAGUGAGGAGUAUGCCGAGGGACUGAGGGAGAAGGCGGAGCGGAUGAAGGAGCUGAAUGAGCGGUUGGAGGGGGAUUUGAUUAGGGUCAAUGGGGGUGGUGCUGCGGAGGGCGGGGCGGGGCGGGGGGAGAAGGGUCUUGCUGGGCUGGAUUUGGGGAGAUCGACUGUGAGUCCCGGAAAUACGGAUAAUUCACCUGCGCCCGCUGCUGGACCAGAUACCUCCAUCCUCCCUAUUGUAACGAGUCAGCGGGACAGAUUCCGCCAGCGCAAUGCCGAGUUAGAAGAGGAACUCCGAAAGCAAUUCGAAACGGUAACUGACCUGCGCACCGAAAUCAAAUCCUUGCAGACGGACAACCUAAAGCUAUACGAGAAAGUCAGAUACGUCAAUGCCUAUCGUGAUGCCCCCAACUCUGUCGCCGGGCCGAGCGGGCUCUUGGGCGGGGUGAUGGGAAGGAGGGACGAGGAGAUUGGGCGGUAUAAGGAUAAAUACGAGGAGAGUAUGAAUCCCUUCGAGGCUUUCAAGGGGAGGGAAGCGCAGAGGGCGUUACAGGCGCUCAACCCGAUGGAUAAGGCGGUCUUUGCAUUGACUAGGGCUAUCAUUGGAAAUAAGCGAGCGAGAUCCUUCUUUGUCUUCUACACGGCGGCACUGCAUCUCUUGAUACUGUUUGUCUUGUGGGGCACGAUGGCAGCGAGCGAUUCGGGCCAUGCGGCUAUACCAAUAAAACCGAUCGGAUGA